GAGGACGGGGGGCCGGGGGACGCAGCGUGCCUGCCAUCCACUGUCCUGCCAGAAGAGCGCCCGCGCUGAGCCUGCGGGGCCCCUCUCGGAGGCGGCGCGGGCUCAUCUGUCUCCUAAACGUCCCCUCGGCCCCGGGGACGCUUACGAAGCAGAUGUGGAGCCGGAGGUAGCCCCGGGGUGCGGGGACACCCUGGCAGGGUGGCUGCAUCACCUCCUGCCUGCGCAGAGACGGCACCGGGGGUUCCUGGCGGUGCCACUGCGCCAGGAGUGUCAGCGAGACCCUGCUAUGCCAAGGGCUGAGAAAGGGAGAGCAGCCAGGGGAGGCUGCUGCUGUCGAUAGGGAGGGCUGGGCCGCUGUAGGGGUGAUGCUGAACCCACCCCGCGGAUGGAGGGUGCUGGCUGUGGCUGCUGCCUGCCCUGCCUGGGCUGCAGCAUCCUGCCGGCAUCCCGGGCCCGUUGCCCGAUUGCUGUGUGGUUGCAUCAGCCGCGGGCUGAGUGUGCUUCCCCGGCAGGAAGGAGGAGGGAGGCUCCCUGUGCUCACCCGGGCUGGGCUGGCUGGGGGCCCUCCUCGGCCACCCUUCUGCUCUUGGGGUGCUGCUGAGGCCCUUGGCUGCUGGCAGGGGUCCGGGUGGUCCCCGGGCUCCUCCAGCUGCAGGUUGGGAUCGCUGGGUGCACAGCGUGGGGAGAGGUGGCCUGUGCCUCUGGGUGUGUGUGUGCACAUCCCCUGCUCCCAAGGGGUUGUGGUGCCCCUGCCUUGCACCCACCUCCCUGCUUGGGGCCACUUGUAGUUAUUUCUUCUCCAAGUGCUGAAUAUACAUAUUUCUCUUUUUUUUUUUUCUUUUCUUUUCUCUUUUUUUUGGUUUUUUUUUGGUUUUUUUUGUUUCUCCACUUCUGGCCCUGCCCAACUCCGGACAGCCUGCAAUGUAAAACCAAGUGCAUUUUAAAAAUACCGAAAUGAGCUACUUUGGAGAGGCACCAAUUGGAUUAAGAGAUUGUGGUUUGGGAGGCUGCAGCGUGGCCCGUGGUCUGUGCCGCACAUCCCUCUGUCACCACCAGAAAAAGCCUUAUCCAGGGAGGGAGGGGGCAGCAGCCACAGCCCCCACAGCACUGCAGAGCUCCUGGGGCUGGGGGACUGAGACCCAGUCCCACACAGAGCAGCCUUGGUUGCCCCUUUGCAGCUCCAGGAGAGAACAGAGAUUGCUGAGGCAGCUGCCUGACCUAUUUUCCAGCCGCCUGCCAGGGGCCAGGCAGGGAUUCACCCAGAUGGAGCUGCCUGCAGGUGCCUGGGGCUCAACACAUUGCUCUGGGGCUGUGUGCCUUGUUUUGGGGGCUUUGUGCAUGGCUCCAAGGGCUCUGCAUUGCCCCAGGGGCUCCAUCCACUGCUCCCAGGGCUCUGCAUUGCUCUGGGGCUCUGUACAGUGCUCCAGGGGCUCCGUACGCUGUUCCAUGGGCUCUGUGCAUCGCUCUGGAGCUCUGUACACCACUCCCAGGGCUCUGUGCAUCGCUCUGGAGCUCUGUACACCACUCCCAGGGCUCUGUGCAUCGCUCUGGAGCUCUGUACACCACUCCCAGGGCUCUGUGCAUCGCUCUGGAGCUCUGUACACCGCUCCCAGGGCUCUGUGCAUCGCUCUGGAGCUCUGUACACCGCUCCCAGGGCUCUUUGCAUCGCUCUGGAGCUCUGUACACCGCUCCCAGAGCCUCUGCACAUUGUCAUCUUGCAGUUUCUUUAAAGAACUGCUGGUGCUGCCGAGGCUGCUGCCCUCUCCUGCCCGCAGCAGCUGCUGCAUCACUGCCACGUCGCAGCCUCCGUCAGCAUCUCCGCGACAGCCGCUCACUGCCGGUGUCCCCGGACACACUAGCAUCAGCCAGGGCCCAGCAGGCCCACUACCCAUGGCCUUUUGCUCCUGCAGCACCCAGCCAGCCCCCGGGGGACCCUCAUCACCCAGCUGGGUGCUGCCCACCCUCACCAGCAGCCAGGGCUGGGCUGUGUCCCUGCCUGCCACGGAGGAGUUGGGUCCAGCACUGCCACGGGCAAUCUUCUGCUGUACAUAGAUAUUUUCGGGGUGGUUUUUAGCAUUUUC